UGCGCGGUGGAUAGAGUGCGAGUAUGAUUAGGACGUGGGUCGUCGUAUGUCGCUGCAGAGGGCCGAGAGAGCGUGUCUCCUGCGGAACACAGCUGGCACGGACCGUCAAGAUGUAAGCUGUCGGGCAGAGAACGCGUGUGUGACGGUACGCCGCUGGCCCAGGCCGAGAGAACGUUCUUCCACGAGGAAGAGGAAGAAGAAGAAGAAGAAGAACAGGAGAGAUACGACGAUCAAACGGGCCGAUCCGGGAGGAUGGAGUAGAGCGGGAACCAGGGAUCGAUUGCUUCCCGAUUGUUGGCAUGGAGGACACGACACUGGGCAUCAUCGAGGGCUGAGCUAUCGAAAAAUAUGGCGUCAGGAAUACCGAGCGUUCAUCAGAGGAAGCUUGGACCAGCGCCGAUAGCAUCCUUCGAAGACCUGUCCGACGAGGUGGAAAACGGGGAACCGGCUGCGCGAAUGCCAGGCAUCGUCGAGGUCACCACGCCGGCAACGCCUGGUAGUUCGCUUAAGACACCCAGCACGCCGAGAAUUGACAUCAGCAGGGCGAGCAGUUCCUCCCACCAUGAGGACAGUAACUCCAGGGAUUCCACGCCCGAGAGGGAACUCCUCGCAGGCGGAGAGCCUCCACCCGGAUGUAAGCUGACUCUGGGCUACAAGGAGGACGCCCAGGAUCUGAGAUCGUCGACGGAGGAGCUCGACCUGCAGGAUCCGAUCCACGAGCAAGAUCUGAAGAGGGAAUCGAAGAAACUGGCCAAGAGGCGGAAGGAGGAUGGUUCUCUGUCCGACUACAGCGGAAAACAAUUGGACAGAGAGCGUAAGGACAGCAAUUGCUCGGAGAUCGUUCUGUUGAACAUCAGCGGCAGAACGUCCAGGCUCUCCUCGGUCGGCAGCCAAGGUUCAGGGGCGUCCGGCAAGCUUUCCGUCGUGUCGGCCACGUCGUCCAGGUCACCGAGCCCGCAUAAAUGCCUGCUCGAGACGUCGUUCUGCGGGAGCAAGCCGACCCUGGCCGAUAACCUGAUAGAGCCGUCGAAGCCGGAGACCGACGACCUGGAGAAGAUCCUGUUGAAACGGGAGGCGGACACCACGAAAGCGUUGAUCCCCGAGAGCAUAAAGGUGUCGAUGGUGGAUGGAAAUUUGAAGCCUGACCCCUUGGACAAGCCGAGGAGGCGGGGCCGGGAGGAGAGGAAGGAGAUAUUUAAAAGAGAGGUUGAAAUUACGAAGAGAUUUCUCGAGAAGGUCAAUAUACAGGUGCCGGUGGCGAAGAAGUCGGGCGAAGGUGCGACGACGACAAGCGAGCAGCAAGAGGUGCAGAAGCCGGCCAGUUUGGACUUCAACGACAAGAGGAAGAAGGCGCAAAACUUCAAGGAGAUCGUGCAAACGACCCCGACGACGAGCAGCGCGACAGGUAGCCCCAAGUUGCCGAGGCAUCAGAAGGUCCGUGACCUCGAGGGGUCACGUACACCGAGCCCGUCCUCCGUCUCAAGGAAGAGCAGCUUCACCUCCCUGUUCAAGGCACGCACAGACAGCAGUGUGUUGAGCCCAGAGUCGCCGUCGCCCAGCACCAACAAGCCCCGCCGUAGCCUGACCUCGAAGAUCAAGGACACGACGGAGAGUCUGCGCGGCAGGUCCAAGUCGAGGGACCGGGUGACCCCCGGUUCCGAGAAAGCGUGCUUGAGAAAGGACUCGAAGAACAGGGGCGUGUUCUCGUCCACGUUGAGCCUGUUCAAGAAACGCGAGCGGAAGAAGAGUUACGACGAGGCGAUCGCCGCCUCCGCCUCCACCCCGACCGAGCUCGUCGGCGAGCUCCACCCGUCCUCCCUCGAGAGCAUCGGCCACGUCGAGUUCCGGUUCAACGCGGAGAAGGAGAGGCGCAGGGACGACUCGAUCUUCAUAAGCUUGCACGCCGACGACAGGAACUACGAGGAGGCCCUCCCCUCGGAGAGCGUCUCGAUACCCCUGGAGACGCCCACGAAAUUGUUGGACGAGUACGAGUCGGAGCCGCGGGCGGGAGGAAGCAUCGUGACCGAGGUGUCGAUCGAGCAUUAUCCAGCUCCCCCCUCGAUAAGGAUAAAGACCGAGGCGCUGAUCGAGACCGGCUCGUCGAGGGAUGGCGGCGUGCAGGUACCGAGGAGCGGCUCGAGGGAGUCCGAGAUAUCGGGCAGCUCGUCGAAGGAGUCGAAACUGAGCGGGAAAGGUGGCGAUCUGGCUGGAGCCAGGUCCGUGGAGGGGAGACCUGCUGCGGAGCACCGGUUGUCCAGCAGCUCGUCCAAAGACUCGGUGGUCGGUAAGAGGGACGCGACGAAGCCGAGGAGGAGGAGCAAAGAGGCCCAACAACCGGCCGAGCAAUCGAGGAGGGACGAGGAGAGGCAAACGAGGGAACAACAGGAGGAGGAGGUUGGAAACGCGGUGGAGAGCAAGAGGGUUGUGAUGGACCUGUUGGGCGAGGGGGUCGGGGAUCAAGAGCUGGUGAAAACGCCGAGCGUGAUCUCGGACCUGGAUCGCAACAGCUCCGAGUCGGAGAGGGACUCGGAGAUCGAGUUUAUCAGGAACAAGGUGGAGAAGCUUGCCGAGGAGCUGCCCGACGAGAGGAAAGGCCUGUUCUACGAGGAGAGUUUCGAGGAGGAUCUCCCCUAUGUCCCGACCACCCUGCCCCUCGAGAAAAGCGUGGCAGUGCCGAUCCUGCCUGUGAAACAACGACUUCAGGAAGUAAGAACGAUACCGAUCGAGAGGCCGCGUUCCACCACACCGAUAAACCCGACGCUGCUCGACGAGUUCGUGAUGCAGACGUCUCUGGACGAGCGCCGCGUGGAGAAAAUGAAGAUAUCGCUGCCCCGGGAGGAGAGUUUCAAGCUGAAGAGCCCGAGGAAGCACGCGGCGGCCAACACGUUCAUGGAGUUCGCCGGCAAGGUGCCCGACGGGGGGCGGAAAGCCGCGGGCAAGUCGCCGAGUCCUCCUCCACUGCCACCUAGGGCCACGGCCAGGCCGAGCAAUUGGAUCAAUUUCGAGGAGAUACCGGAGAAGAGGAAAGCGCCGAAAAGGAUUCAAACGAUCCCUCGGCCCGAAGACGAGGUGAAAUCGGGUGGAUACAGUUACGUGCAACCGGAGGAAUGUAGGUGCGAGUGCCACGAAGAGUCUCGACGAGCGUCGAUGAAGGAGGCGACCGCGACGAGGGCGUCGUCCUCGUGCAGCAGCAACGGGGAGCGCGCUUGCAACGGUGACAAUUGUACGGUGCCUACGUCAACGUCCCUGGAUCGUGCCAGUAUCGUCAGAGGUUUGUUUUUGUACUUUCAGUGACAGCUCGCUGGAGUGUAGCCUGAGCAUCGAGGAGAACAACGCGACGCAACCGUUAUCGGCGAAGCCGUUCAGCAUGGAUUUGGACGUUAGGUCGAAUCGGUCCAGUAUCGUGUCCCAGGACGAGACUGACGAGAUCCUGCACCAACAAUAGUUUACUCGCGGCACGCCUCGCCUUAUUAUACCCUCUUGUUAAUCGGAACAAUGAUUCUCUCCUUGU